CAUGGUGGGGACUGCUUUCCCAACUCAUGAGUAUUCAUUAUAGUGUUCAUUAUUUCCUUUGUAGUAAGUGUAAUUACUCUCUGCUGCUACAAGGACAAUAACACAGCCAUGGCUGCUUCAGUUUCAACCAUAGGAGCUGUCAAAGGAACUCCAGUGAGUUUGAAUGGUUCUGGAGUUGUGGCUUCAUCAGUUCCCAAUUCAUCAGCUUUCUUCGGAAGCAGCUUGAAGGUUACAUCAAGAAUCCACAGCAGUAGCAAGGUUUCCUCCGGAAGCUUCAAGAUUAUGGCGAUCGAUGAGGACAAGCAGACAGAUAAGGACAGAUGGAAAGGGUUGGCCUAUGAUAUCUCAGGUGACCAGCAAGACAUCACAAGAGGGAAGGGUAUUUUGUAGUUUUUAGAGGAUGUAGAUAAUGUAAUAGUUGUUGGAAUUGUAAUGCAUGUAAUACAAAUUCAUGGGUAGUUGUUAUCACUUUGAUUUUUUGUUA